AUGGCUGGAGCGAGGCUGGACGCGCGCGUGCCGAGCCGCGUCCAUGCAAGCCCAUCGUUCACCGCGACACUCGCCCGCGUCCGCGCCACGCUGCAACGCACCGCCGACGAUGAGACGCACCUGUGCAACGUCGCUUGGCCCGAGAUCCUCAGCAAACUCCACGCCGCCCUCGAGACCGGAAAGCCCAUCACAGGAGCUGGGCAGGGACGUGGACUGCCACUCGAUGUGGUGGUAGCGACACUCAAGGCCAGCUGGCACGUCGAUGGCACCUGGCCCAUCGGCCCCAAUGCGAAACAGAUGCUCGAACAACAGGCGCAGCAGAGAGCAAAGGCGGAGAAGGGUCCCGAAGCUAAACAGGAUCCAGGUCCAGACGACAUCGCAAGGGCUUAUCGCGCAAGGGGGGUCCAUGUCGACGAACCGGUCUUCGUGGAAGACGACGAUUGGUAA